AUGAAUCAAUUACUACAAAAAAGUAUUAUAGAUCAUGACAUGUGUCCACAGGAACUAUUUGAGAUGGGAGAAAAAUAUUUAUUUGGUCGCUCGCAUAAAAAUAUGGAUCACUCCUUUGCCGUCUAUUGUCUUCAUAAAGCUUCUUCCAUGAACCACUCAGGUGCCCAUGCCGUCCUUGGUUACUGUCAUGAGUUCGGCUUAGGUUUCCCAAUCGAUUUUCAGCAAGCAGAGAAACAUUAUGUCUUAUCAAUCAAAGCCGCCUUGACCUCAGAGGAUGACAAGGAUGAGAAAAUCGAUCAAAUGGAACUAAGUGAUGCCACACUCAUGGCCGUCGCACGAUUGGCUUUCCUUCGCAAAUACGGUCGUCCCGGCGUUCAAAUUAACAGAGUAGAGGCCGAAUAUUGGGAAUCAAAGAUAAAUGCUCGUGGUUCUGAUGCGAUCAGGUGGAUACGACGUGCGGCACAAGAAGAUCAUUGCUCAUCUGCUCAAUACUGUUUGGGUACUUGCUACUAUGACGGUGUCGGUGUCUCAAAAAACGAGAGAGAAGCAUUCAAGUGGUACGAACUAAGUGCAAAACAAGGCAACCCUCGUGGACAAAGCAUCCUUGGUUACUGCUACGGUGAAGGCUUUGGUGUUGAAAAAAACGAAGCACUUGCUGUUGAGUGGUACAGGCUGGCAGCUGCUCAAGGAGAAACUGCAGCCGCUUACAACAUUGGCUACUGCUACGAAGACGGCAUUGGCGUGCCCAAAAAUCAUGUAGAGGCUGUCAAGUGGUAUAGGCUUGCUGCAGAACAAGGAAACGCAUUUGCUCAAAACUCAUUAGGAUACUGUUAUGAAGACGGCAUUGGUAUAACUCAGGACAAGACCAAGGCUAUCUAUUGGUAUCGACUAUCGGCAGAGCAAGGCUAUGUAUGGGCUCAGUGCAACCUUGGUUAUUGCUAUCAAAAUGGCAUUGGCAUCGAAAAGGAUGUCGUCAAGGGCGCAUAUUGGUAUAGUCAGGCGGCUAUGCAAGAUCAUGCAAGAGCGCAGCAUAAUCUUGGAUUCUGUUACCAAAAUGGCAUAGGUGUUGACAAGGAUCUGGUCAUGGCUGUGUACUGGUACAAGAAAGCUGCAGAUCAAGGAAAUAUUUUUGCUUAUCACUCACUUGGUUACUGCUAUCAGAACGGUCUUGGCGUUGAAGUUGAUCAAAAGAAAUCGUUUUACUGGUACAUGCGUAGUGCCGAAAAUAAUCAUGCACCUGCUCAACUUUCUUUGGGCUUCUGUUACCGUAAUGGCAUCGGUGUUGACAAGAACGAGCAUGAGGCCGUCAAAUGGUUCCGUCGAGCUGCUAUCCAAGACAAUCCUCUGGCUCAGAACUCUCUUGGCUUCUGCUAUGAGGAGGGCAUUGGAGUUGAAAAGGACGAUAAAAUGGCAGCAUACUGGUACCUCAAGGCUGCCAAGCAAAAUAACCCUUGGGCUCAAUGUAAUUUGGGAUUUUGCUAUGCUAAUGGUAUCGGUGUACCCGAAAAUCAGACAAGAGCUGUGUAUUGGUAUCAUAAAGCGGCACAACAGAAUCAUGCAAGAGCACAAGAUAAGCUUGGAGUCCAUCUUCAAGCAGGCAUCGGAUGUCGUCAAAACCUUGCUUUGGCCGUGCGUUAUUUCCGUCUCGCAGCUCAACAAGGUCAGGUGGCAGCUCAGUAUCAUUUGGCCAUGUGCUAUGAAAAAGGAUUAGGAGUCGAAAAAAACUUACACGAGGCCCUAGUCUGGUUUGAAUGUGCCUCCUUGGCUGGAUGCAGAAAUUCCUAUCAGCAUCUUGUUCAGCUCUUACUUUGUUACUGCCUUGAACAUGCCUCGAUUAUUCAGAGAGCAGCUGAAAAUAGUUCAUCAUCUAAUCUUUUGAGCUGGUCCAGCAAGAGAAAUGCAUAUCCACUGCGCUGGAUUUCUGGCUAUGCUGCUCCAGCUGCUUAG